AUGUCUUCUCCCGAAGCCCCCAUGAGCUUUGGAAAGCGCUAUGCCAUCCUCAACCUUGAUUGGAUGACCGUGCUUUUAGCUGCAUGUGAAGGCACGUCUCAAGGGACAAGACUGGUCGAUAAUCUCUCCAAAUGGCACGAAGCCAUUCAUCAGAUGAACGAGCGCCCACUCACCGUCUAUACAACUCUGGCUUUCAACCGUGGCCAGCCCGAAUUGGAAGCCGGCAAGCCAUUUGCUCGGUUGAUCGAGUCAUUUGGAACGUUUGAAGUUGGCACGCCUAGUGCGGAGAUUGACAAGCGGUUUCAAUUGGAUGAGAAGGAUGUUGUUCUCCGGAAGACAAGAUGGUGUGCUACUACUGGCAACAAUUUGGAGCAGAUCCUCAAAGCCCAGGGGAUCGAUACCGUUAUCAUUUCUGGCCUCACUCUUUCCGGAGUGGUGAUGUCUACGGUCUACCGCUUGUUCGAUCUGGACUACAAUAUCUUCGUCAUUGCAGACAAUGUUCUGGAAAUUCCACUAGACCACAAUACGGUUUUUUCAAAGGUGAUGCUUGAGGAUCUCCUGCCUAAGAUGAAUCUGAAGGUUAUCUCUCUUGAGCAAGCGCUACAGGCAUUGAACGAGGCAUGA